GCAACUAGCUGGUGGCUCCUACUUCCCCAUUUGCAGCAGUUUUAAAAAACUGUCUUAUUUGAUUGAAAGUCCUGCUAAUACCAACUUCUUGAAUACAAAGACCAAGCUAAAAAGGCUCGUCUAUUAACAUCGUGUGAGAGAAUCUAUGUUUUUGCAAUUUUGUCAGCUUGUUUAAUGUGAAGAAGGCUGGCAAAGAUAUACCCAAGUCAAGCUAACACGCUGCUUUCGUACAUGUAUGCUAAUUUACAUUAGGGCGCUUCCCUGUUUUGAUGAAGGAGGUUAUAAAAUUCGAGGCGGCACUAAAACACGCGUUACCUCAUGCGGUUUAAACGAUAAGCACGCGUAUUAUUCUCUAUCUUAAGCGUUUUAGGUGUUUUUUUUUUAAACGGUUUUGACUCUCGACGCUGAUUCAGACGCAGACAGCUCGACUGAUUAAUGCCUGUCUCAAACCAGGAAGCCUUUCCUUUCUCUCCAGAGCACCGAAGAGCGAUGUCGACGGCGCGCCUUUUUAUUUUCAGCCCCCUGUAAAGAGUUUAAAUGUUUUAAGAAGUCAUGCGAGUUUGGCUCUUCACGUGCUUUCCACUCUUUUGGGGGUUUCUCCUGUCUUCAGUCUCGGAGCUCACAGAUGGCGCAGAGCUCAGUAUUGCUGUUGAAGUGGGCACAGCCGUACACAUUAAUGCUAGUGCCCAAACAAAGUGCAAGGUCUGCAUCGGACCCACUUCACAGCGGUUUUGCCAGUCAUCGGCGGUCCUCAGGAGUGACACGCUUCUGGAUUUCAGCUGCUCACAGCCAGAGAAUGUAUUCACCGUACAGAUCAUCAGAGAUAAUGUGGUGUAUGACAUUGAAGUCAAAGAACUCAGUGCCUUUCAAAAAUUCAAUCGCACCUUCGUCUGGAAUCUGAAGCCGCCAGCGACGAAGACCUUACAUUUGAACUUCAGUAGUGCUGGUUUACGGCAGAUCGAAGCCACGGACAGCUGCCCAGACGAACAAGUUUACACGCUCGCAGUGGAGAACGUCAACGUCGGAAGGUUUUGUCAGAGCGGAGGCAUUAGACGAGUCGAUGUGCGUAGUGUUGGCAAACUGUCUUUGGAAGUGUCUGGAGGUCGACCUCUGGAACAGAAGGUUAUCGUCGUGUCCCUGGGACGUCUCACUAACUCACUGGUUAAUUUCCAUGUGGUUCUCCCAGAGAGGAGUUCAACCCAGGACUUCUUUACACCAAACGCUUUUCCUGAAAAUGCGGAGACAAUGUGGUAUUUUACCGUUCCCCACACGUACUACACCGAUGUGAGCAUUCGGAGCUACACUGUUCCAACAUGCCUCCAACCCCAAAACAUCCCUACAAUGAAUUACACUUGGCAGGGCAAAGGCCCUCUGGUGAAACUGAUGAAUGUCAGCCAGCCCUCGGUGGAGCCUGGAAACUUUAGCCUCUCCAUAAAGAACUGCAAAGUAUCUGGGAAACGGCCUCCAUCGCCGGACCUGAUGGUGCACUUCCAGAUCUCUGCCAUCAAGAGAAGCAGGGGGCAAUGUGAAGGGGAUCUGCCGGAGAAGCAAGUACUACAGAUACGUGUGAAUAAAAAGGAUCCCAAGUCUACCUGCGUGCUCAAACUGGAUUCUGUCAUAUUGGACACAAUAACCAUUGCUUCAGGGAACCAUUUUGUCCUGAACUCCUUUGACUGUAACAGCGAGGAAGUAGAGUUGACUGUCAACCAGACCAUAGAAUGUAAAGAAUGGAGAGACUGCGCCUCGGCUCGGUUCCCGCUAACGUUCAACUACGAGCAGCAGUGCAUCCCAGGAGUGUUGAAGACGAUGAUCUGGCACCUUCACGGCCCCGAGAACAGUGCGGUGGAGCUGCAGUCUCCCGCAGGAGAUCUGCGUUACUGUCCUCCUGAAGACAAAUGCAACAGCAUCAUCCUGCUAAACGUGUCCCAUGUUAAAUCCGGCAUCACUCUUGGCCAGUUUUGUCCAAAGGGAACCAUUCAGAAAAUCCAAAUCCGUGAAUCUAAGAUUGCAAUAACUGCCUCCGCUAUGAGUUUCAAUGACCGUAAUUUGGCAGCUAAACCCUUCUUAAACUAUUCGUUUACAAAGAACAUAUCAGAGAACUAUAUAUUCACUGUUGCACCCAAAAUCGAUUAUCCUACCAUGCUGGCGACCCCAGCCUGGCCGUCUGGCAUGGAAGCGUCUAGGACCGUGUCCUGGAUCGUUAACUUGGAGCCUCAGUUUAAGAGCAGUCUGAAGUUCAGGAAUGUCAGCCAGCCCAAGUGUAAGGAGGUGCACACGAGCGUCGCAGUUCAGACCAUUCGCUCUCAGACCACGCUGUACAGCACUAAAACAGACAGCAAAAUUAAGGACCUCCUGGUUCCAGAAAGUUUUUACCUGAACAUGAGUAACUGCAAGCCAUCGACAGGAGCCUUCCGGGUGAUGAUGGAGAUCACUCUGCAAAACAGCACAAACAAGCUUUUGGCCAUCGUCCUGAGCAUUGUGGGAGUUGUGUUGGCGAUCGGAACAGCCGUGGGCAUCUGGUGUUUUUUCAGGAAAAAGAAGAGGAAUAAGGCUCCCCCAGUGUCCGUCUACAACACCAGUGAGAACGCUUUCCUUCCAGGCCUUCAUGGCAUCCCUAAAGCACUGGAGGAGGAGGAUCCUCACACUUACAUAUACAUAGAUGAAACUCUAGUGUACAGCCAUCUGCUUAAAGGUGAUCCUGACAAAAAAGAAUAUAAAGAAGCCACUGCAGAUGAGAGUGAUCUCAAGCUGGAUUAUUGUCCCCUGAAUAGCCCACCUUUACCUGAGAGACCAGCCAGAAAAAGUGAAAACCUCGCCACUGAAAGCAAAGCCUUGAUCGACAACGAUCUCUAUGGUUAUGUUCAGGGACAAUCGACCACCUCUGACACAUCGAAGACCUCCGAAGAGGAGGGGCACUAUGAAACCAGACUGUGUGUGUGAGAAUAGAAUGUACUACUACUGUAAACUAAAGCUUGUUUUUGACUGUCCGAGAUGUUUUAUAUUUAGUGAUGAACAGGCUGCUCGUUUUAAAGAUUGUUGAAUGUUUUUGAUAUUAAAACGUCUGUUUAUUUA